UUUGUCCAAAUAAAUACAUCCGCUCUCUCACUCUCCUUAUCCUCUCCCCCUUCUCAUCGCCUCCUCUCUAGCUCUCGCCAUGGCCGCAGCUCCAGCGCUUCAGCUCGCCAUGGCAGACAGCUGUCUCGCGACUCUCACUGCUCCAUUCGGCUCCAAAGCAUCGUCCCACGGUCUUAUUCCCUUCCGCACAAAACCUAUUUGUUUCCACCGCCUCUCCUGCUCUUCUGUUUCGCUUUCAUUUACCACGUUCGAGCUUUCCCUAGCAAAAAAGAAGGUUCCUUUGGUUGUUUCCCUCGUAGCCCGGACCUCCGAUUGGGCGCGCCAAGAGGAGGAGGAGGAGGAGGUUGAGGAGAGCGCAGAAGGGGAAGAAGAUUUUGAGUGGGAAGGCAAGAAUGAGAAGUUUGGGUUGUUGGAUGGGGAAGGGCCGGAGGAUGGGCUUUCAGAAUGGGAAGGGGAGAGCCAAGAAGGGGCGGAGGGUGUGAGAGAGGUCAAAGCUGAAGGAGAUGGCUCAGUGAAUGAGGGGUUUUUGGAGGGAGCAGAGGAUGAUUCUUUCCCUGAGCCCCCCGAGGAAGCUAAGCUUUUCGUAGGGAAUCUCCCUUAUGACGUAGAUAGCGAGAAGUUAGCCCAUUUAUUCGAGAGGGCUGGAAUCGUUGAGGUUGCUGAGGUAAUUUACAACCGGGAAUCUGGCCAAAGUCGCGGUUUUGGGUUUGUCAACAUGAGCAAUGUUGAAGAAGCUGAGAAAGCUGUGGAAAUGUUCAAUCGCUAUGAUUGCAAUGGAAGGCUUCUGUCAGUUAAUAAAGCAACUCCUAGAGGUUCCAUUCCUGAAAGAGAAAGACAGCCUCGAGAGUUUGAGCCUUCUUCUGUUAGGAUAUAUGUUGGGAACCUGCCAUGGCAAGUGGAUGAUGCUCGCCUUGAGCAAAUUUUUAGUAAACAUGGUAAAGUUGUAACUGCUAGGGUUGUUUAUGAUCGAGAGACCGGUCGUUCAAGAGGUUUUGGCUUUGUGACAAUGGCUUCCAAGAGUGAACAUGAAGAUGCAAUUGAUGCUCUCGAUGGACAGACUUUGGAUGGCAGAGCUAUUCGAGUGAAUGUGGCGGAGGAAAGACCUCGACGGGGAUCUUUUUAGUUGCGGCGAACCGAGUAUUCUUCGCAAGUUGGGUUAGCUUGAUUGGCAGCAUUUGAGCCUUGCAUGUGUCAGUUAGUUUUAUAGCUUAUGUUGUAUUGACUGUUUUCUUUUUCCUACAUUUGCCUAUUCCUAAGUAGGAUGAUUUUGAGUACAUUCAAAGUCCUUUCUGGGCAUAUAUGGAGAGUAUUUUGCUUGUCUUCCAGGUUUAGAUUUUAUCUGAACAAUCUGUUUUGGUGAUUUUGAUUUUACAAACAUAAGCAAAGAAUUGUUUCCAGAGCUUAAUUUUAUGCUACAAGCAUUCUAUAUUAA